CGCUUCAGCACCACGGAGAGCGGCGGGCUGGGCGCCGGGCUGGCGGGCGAGUGAGCGGCGGGGCGAGGGGGCGCGGGGCUCCGCGGGGGCCCAGCCAUGCGCCUGCUGGUGCUGGCGGCGCUGCUCUCGUCGUCCUUCGCCCGGGCGGGCUGCGAGCCCAAGAUCGUCAACCUGGGCGCGGUGCUGAGCACCAAGCGGCACGAGGCGGUCUUCCGCGAGGCCGUCCUGCAGGCCAACAAGCGGCACGGCGCCUGGAAGAUCCAGCUCAACGCCACCUCCGUCACCCACAAGCCCAACGCCAUCCAGAUGGCCCUCUCCGUCUGCGAGGACCUCAUCUCCAGCCAGGUCUAUGCCAUCCUCGUGAGCCACCCUCCAGCUCCCAACGACCACCUCACGCCGACCCCUGUCUCCUACACGGCGGGCUUCUAUCGCAUCCCAGUCAUUGGGCUGACGACGCGCAUGUCCAUCUACUCCGAUAAGAGUAUCCACCUGUCCUUCCUGCGCACGGUGCCGCCAUACUCCCACCAGUCCAACGUCUGGUUUGAGAUGAUGCGCUUCUACAAGUGGAACCACAUCAUCCUCAUUGUGAGCGACGACCAUGAGGGGCGGGCAGCCCAGAAGAAACUAGAGACCCUCUUGGAAGAGAAAGAGUCAAAGAGUAAAAAAAGGAACUAUGACAGCCUCGAACAACUAUCCUAUGACAACAAGCGAGGACCCAAGGCCGAGAAGGUGCUGCAGUUUGAACCCGGGACCAAAAAUGUCACCUCGCUGCUCUUGGAGGCCAAGGAACUGGAGGCCCGCGUCAUCAUCCUCUCUGCCAGCGAGGAUGAUGCCACUACGGUCUACACAGCGGCAGCCAAAGAGAACAUGACUGGUCCCGGCUACGUCUGGCUGGUGGGAGAGAGGGAGAUUUCGGGCAACGCCCUGCGCAGCGCCCCAGAAGGACUGAUUGGCUUGCAGCUCAUGAAUGGGAAGAACGAGUCGGCUCACAUCAGGGAUGCGGUGGCUGUGGUGGCCCAAGCCGUGCACGACCUGUUUGAGAAGGAGAACAUCACAGACCCGCCAAGGGGCUGCGUGGGCAACACCAACAUCUGGAAGACGGGCCCUCUCUUCAAAAGGGUGCUGAUGCAGACCAAGUAUGCCGAUGGCGUGACUGGCAGAGUGGAGUUCAAUGAGGAUGGCGACAGGAAAUACGCCAACUACAGUGUCAUGAACCUACAGAACAACAAAUUGGUUCAAGUUGGAGUCUACAACGGUAGCCACUUCCUGCCCAAUGACCGCAAGAUCAUCUGGCCCGGAGGAGAGACGGAGACRCCACAGGGCUACGAAAUGUCUACGAAGCUAAAGAUUGUCACAAUCCACCAAGAGCCGUUUGUCUAUGUGAAGCAAACCCAGCUGGAUGGGAAGUGCGAGGCCCGGCACAACAGCACUGGGGGCUUGGUGCAGCAGGUCCUCUGCACCGGCCCCAAUGAGACCAUGCCAGGCGACGCAGGCCGGCCCAGCGUAAUGUUGUGCUGCUACGGAUUCUGCAUUGACUUACUCAUCAAGCUCGCCAAGACCAUGAACUUCACCUAUGAAGUCCACCUGGUGGCCGAUGGCAAAUUUGGCACUCAAGAGCGGGUGAACAACAGCAACAAGAAGGAGUGGAAUGGGAUGAUGGGGGAGCUGCUGAGUGGCCAGGCCGACAUGAUUGUGGCCCCGCUAACCAUCAACAAUGAGCGGGCACAGUACAUUGAGUUCUCCAAGCCUUUCAAGUACCAGGGGCUCACCAUCCUCGUCAAAAAGGAAAUUCCCCGCAGCACACUGGACUCAUUCAUGCAGCCGUUCCAGAGCACUCUCUGGCUCCUAGUGGGGCUCUCGGUGCAUGUGGUGGCGGUGAUGUUAUACCUCCUGGACCGCUUCAGUCCAUUUGGCCGGUUUAAAGUAAACAGCGAAGAAGAGGAGGAGGAUGCCCUGACGCUCUCUUCUGCCAUGUGGUUUUCCUGGGGAGUCCUCCUGAACUCUGGUAUUGGAGAAGGUGCUCCUCGGAGUUUCUCUGCUCGGAUCCUCGGGAUGGUCUGGGCCGGUUUUGCCAUGAUCAUCGUUGCCUCCUACACUGCCAACCUGGCUGCCUUCCUGGUGUUGGACAGACCGGAGGAACGCAUCACUGGCAUCAACGACCCCAGGUUGCGGAACCCUUCCGACAAGUUCAUCUACGCCACCGUGAAGCAGAGUUCUGUGGACAUUUACUUCCGGCGUCAGGUGGAGCUGAGCACGAUGUACCGGCACAUGGAGAAGCACAACUAUGAGAGCGCAGCCGAAGCCAUCCAGGCCGUCCGGGACAACAAACUCCACGCUUUCAUCUGGGACUCAGCAGUGCUGGAGUUCGAAGCUUCGCAGAAGUGUGACCUGGUGACUACAGGAGAGCUCUUCUUCCGCUCCGGCUUCGGCAUCGGGAUGCGCAAGGACAGCCCCUGGAAGCAGAACGUCUCUCUGGCCAUCCUCAACCUCCACGAGAACGGCUUCAUGGAAGAGCUGGACAAAACCUGGGUUAGGUACCAGGAGUGUGACUCCCGCAGCAACGCCCCAGCGACCCUCACCUUUGAGAACAUGGCAGGUGUAUUCAUGCUGGUGGCUGGAGGUAUUGUGGCCGGGAUAUUUUUAAUAUUCAUAGAAAUAGCAUACAAAAGGCAUAAAGACGCCCGGAGGAAGCAGAUGCAACUGGCGUUUGCAGCGGUUAAUGUGUGGCGGAAAAACCUGCAGUCCUCUCUCUCUCUUGUGGCCGUAGGAUUCAGCUUCAGAAAAGGCCCCGAGCAUUUUUAUUUAGUGGAUAGAAAAAGUGGUAGAGCAGAACCAGACCCUAAAAAGAAAGCCACUUUUAGGUCCAUCACCUCUACCCUGGCCUCCAGCUUCAAGAGACGUAGGUCAUCCAAAGAUACGCAGUAUCACCCCACAGACAUCGCCGGGCAGCUCAACCUCUCCGACCCCUCGGUCAGCACCGUGGUGUGACGCCCAAGACCCCAAGGGGACAGACCAAUGGAGACUCUGAUGGGUCCUGUCCGGAGGCACCAAAGCCCAGGCUUGGCCAGCCAUCCGCAGCGUCUGCAUUGCUUCCUCCCCUCCUGGCCUUCUUUUUGUCCUGGGCCCUUUGGAUGAACCACACAAACACGAGGCCCAUUUGACCCCCUUCCUUUUUCAGUCACCUUCCUUUGUGAUGCCAACAGAGACGGGGAUUGUGGCUCCCAACAGCCACAAAGGGGAGGCUGGGCGUUCUCUAAGCGGAUGGAGCUUCCCUGGCAGUGGGAGAGACCCUCUUCGUCCGACACGCAUGCGCAGGACUUCUUCCACUCCAUGGCCACCACGUCCAAUCUCUUCACACCACAACAGAGGAAGAUGGAGGGGCUUCUCGUGGGCCAUCUUGUACAUAGCCCUUCAGGCUCAUCUCAUCCGGAGAGAGUGCCUUGGCGAUGCAUGUUCUCUGGCUCUUCCUGGGGAGAUCCCUCCCAAAAGAAGCUGUUCUUCUUUCACCAAGGAGCCAGCACCGUUCCUUUCCUGCUGACCACUUUUGGGACUUUGUGGCCUUGGUAAAGAAGGGUUUCUCCAAAGUGAUGGCAAAUGGGGAAGGCCUCCUCCUUCAUCCUUUCCAGACAGCGCAGGGAAACAUUUCCUAGCACCCGACUCUGAAUGUUUUCAACUGUCUUAAUGAUGGUUGUACAUAUUAAGGGGCUUGAUUCUCUCCUUGUCCCACUCUAGUUCUGGGAUCCUGGUGGGUUGCAGGAGUAACUCACCUGGAUCCCAGACCCUCUGCUCCUACCUGACCUAGAAAAGCCUACAGAAUGGGUGCCAAGGCCAAAGCAGUGCAUGCAACUGAAAGCAGGCCAGCAAAACAUGGUUUCAAACUCCAUCCUGAGAAGUCUCCGGCUCCAGGAUCAUGUGAGGCUGAGCAUGCAGCCGAGCCUGAUCUCUUGUCCACACUCACAUCCUGUGUUGUGCAGCAGGGGGCUUUGUGGCAAGGAGAAGGCCAGGUCUGGGGCAAACUCUCCUGCCCUCUCUGUGCUACCACAGAAAGAGAUAUCAGGCCACCCUAUUCUCUGACCAACCCAUGGCUGCCAGCUCUGGUUGGAAGCAUCUCCCUGAGGCUCUGCCUUGACCAUCCUUGCAAAGAGCAAGGCCCCUGUGCUCAGCCUAUGGCAGGUGGUGGGCACGAAUACCAACUAAUGUGGUUUCAUUCCGGGGUCUGCCAGUGAGCAGUGACCCCUCAAUCUCAAAAGGCCAGGAUCUGUGUAGCUGACCUUUCGGUGGAGAACGGGCAAGGGCUGCCACCCAUUCUGAAGCAUGACUUUGUGCCCAGAGUACUGGGAGAUGCACAGUCAGGCUCUAGAAGAAAACUCUGGGCCUGGUUUGGUCUCUCUGGCAAUUGUGAAUCUGUGAGGAGAGGCAUGAGGGUGGUGUUUGCCCAGCUGUAGAUGCAAAGGCUUUCCCAAGGAGAUCAGAUUGCAAGGCCUGGAUUCAAAAACUACAUUUGGCUUCCAUGGGCUAGACCAGUGUUUCUCAACCUCCCUAAUGCUGUGACCCCUUAAUACAGUUCCUCAUGUUGUGGUGACUCCCAACCAUUAUUUUCGUUGCUACUUCAUAACUGUCAUUUUGCUACUGUUAUGAAAUGCAAUGUAAAUAUCUGAUAUGCAGGAUGUAUUUUCUUUCACUGGACCACAUUUGGCACAAAUACCCAAUAUACCCAAAUUUGAAUACCGAUGGGGUUGGGGCAGGUGUUGAUUUUGUCAUUUGGGAGUGGUAAUUGCUGGAAUUUAUAGUCCACCCACAAUCAAAGAGCAUUCUGAACUCCACCAACAAUGAAUCGUAAUGUCAGUAUCUGAUAUGCAAGAUGUAUUUUCAUUCACUGGACCACAUUUGGCACAAAUACCCAAUAUACCCAAAUUUGAAUACUGAUGGGGUUGGGGCAGGUGUUGAUUUUGUCAUUUGGGAGUGGUAAUUGCUGGGAUUUAUAGUUCACCUACAAUGAAAGAGCAUUCUGAACUCCACCAAUGAUGGAACAGAACCAAACUUGGCACACAGAACUCCCAAGACCAACAGAUACUUAAAAGAUUUGGUGGGCAUUGACCUUGAGUUUGGGAGUUAUAGUUCACCUCCAUCCAGAGAGCACUGUGGACUUAAACAAUGAUGGAUGUGGACCAAACUUGGCACAAAUACACAAUAUACCCAAAUGCGGACACUGGUGGAGUUUGAGGAAAAUAGGUCUUGACAUUUGGGAGUUGAAGUUGCUGGGAUUUAUAGUUCCACUACAAUCAAAGAGCAUUCCGAACUCCACCAAUGAUGGAAUUGGGGCAAACUUCCCACACAGAACCCCCAUGAUCAACAGAAAAUACUGUAUUUUCUGGUGGUCUUUGGCAACCCUAUUGACGCCUACCUUGUGACCCCCGCCUCC